GCUGCUUUUAGGAACGCAAACUGACGCUAGAGUUGACGCUAACCGCAAAAUAUUCGAAUGGGAUAUUAACCGAUCGACGCGGUUUAUUUCAGUGUUAUUAUCGUUCAUCUUUACUGUUUACAUCGGUUUUCUGUCUUUUAGAAGUUAAUAAACGGUUGAGAUACACGUAUUCUAACUUAAGUGCUACUUGACUGUACAUUGUAUUUGGUGUAAGAUACAACGUUCGAUGCCUUCUCAGGAUAGUAAGCGUAAACUGGAAGUUCUGCAAAAGACCCAUGAUGAAUUGCAACGUUGUUAUACUCUAUUACGGCUGAUUAGAACCGAUCUUGAAAAGAUAGCAAAGAAUUUUAGUGAUAUAAGCGAGAAGUAAUUGAAGAGUUGAUGUAAAAACAAAUAUAUAGAGCAAAAUAGUUUGUACAUAUAUAUAUAUAUAUAUAUAUUCUAAAGUCUUAAAUCUUACACGGCAAAAUGGAAUCCCGUAAAUCUAUGAUACACAAGAGGAUAGAGUCUGUCGUGCAAAGUUUGCCAUCAGAAUCUUCUCCAUCGCCAUUGCGGAGAAAGUCUAUUAUCGCUCAAAACUCCUCUUUGAAUAUUCUUGAAAAUGAUGAUGAGGCGGAACGUAUUGCUCGUCGACGUGAGAUGGGCUCGACAUCGACGCCGUUAUCCAUCAAUAACCACUCUAGCAAAAGACACUCUCUUGGCUUGGGAUUCUUAGCAAAUAUUCCAGCACCCCAAAUGGCUGAGAGUAUCAACCAAUGCAUAAAACUGAGUACUGAGAACAAGAUCAGCAUCAAGAAUGCAUUUGGCUUGGAAAUGAUUGACUUUAUGACAUAUAUGAUAAAGAAACAGGAUGCCAAUAUGUCGAAUCUUCAAGUGGCAAGUACAUCUUUAGAUGUUAGCACAAAGAUUUAUGGAUUUCGCGUGGACAGUGUGCAUACAGAGAUACUUAAAAUAGUUGGAGGACUGGACCAUCAAAUAGCUGAUAAACAAAAUUCAAAGGAGCAAGAAAAUACUUUGGAAGAAGGCACGGAAGCGAACGUAGAUGUGCAGAAAAAGAAGAGGAAGAAAAAUAAGCAGAGGAUCAUUAGCACUGCGGAGGCUCUCAGAGUUAAUAUCGAUAUCGUGAAACCUAUGUGUAUGCAAGUAGGCGAAGAAGAUUUGCAGACUACCGACAUGCUGUACCAAGCGAUGCUACCAAAUCACGCGAAUUCUGGUUUCUAUCAGCAUUUGUAUAACGACGUGCUCGUGGAUGUCGAGGAUAACGCCGAAUCGCGGAGCAAUUCUAGUACAAAAUAUAUCACACCGAUAAUUGAUGAUUCUUCGAAUUCGGAGAUCUGCAUGUCGUAUUCGAACUUUGAGUUUCUUGGCUGGUCCGUGGAGGACGAGCCGGAAGAGAUGCCGGACAAGGAAGCCGAACUCAGCAUUGAUGACGGCAAUCGGUUCCAGUUCGAUCUGAAUGCGAGUGUGGCAGAAGAAGAAGAGCACAAUGGAACGAAUAACGUCGAACCAAUGAAUUAUUUCGAUAUUGAGCACGAAGACGGCAACAUCAACAGCGACGUUGGCGGAUGUUACCAGCAGGCGGCAGGGGCAAAUCGUCGAAACGACAAUAUCGUGGACGUGCAGGUAUCGGCUCAGACGCUCGCGUCUGAGUAUUCCUUUGUACAACAGAGCGUGAGCUUGCACUGGGCCGGGCCCUCUCAUUGGAAAUUUCGGAAUUUCGCGAAGCACUUCAAUGCUACCACCACUACUGACAGUAAAGUGAUGGAAGCUUGCAUGCAAGCUCCGACUCGACAGAGAAAGCAGAUCGUACUGUCGUACGAUGAGAUGAAUCACGAUGUAAUAAAAGCAAAGUUUAUACUGAGCCAAUUAAAUAGAUUACAAGCAAAGACUGUGAAAUCGGAAUGGAGCACCGAGAGCGUGACGCUUCCCGAAGACGUGCAUUACGAUGUCACGCAGAUGACCAAGCAGUACCUGCAUCAAUCUCUGACAGUGGCGAACAACAGCAAGAAACGCGAUAACGCUGUGACCAAUACAGGUAUAUCCGACAACGAGAGAUUCGAUUACAACAAUCCCAACGAUACAUCAGAAUACUGUCUCGAUGUGAAUAACGAUUAUGACGAUGGGGAUAAGGACGAUUGCAACUUCGAGGACGCCGCUGCGUUGGCUACUCAAGGCUUUACCGGUGAAAAUCUGGUCGCUGCGCCAAAACUGGCCAACAAGAUGUCUAUUGCGUACUGCGUAAAGGCAAAGAAGAUUGAUAUGCGACAAUUAAAAGAAACCAUGUGGAAGUCUUUAAAGUCCACGAAUGAGAAACUGGUGAAGGAGACCGAAGGGACGACGAUGAGCAAGAAAUUCAGCAGUAUUUACAAAAUGCUGCCGAAUCUGCUGUCAAAGACCAAUGUCGAGGCAUUGAGUGCACCCGUUGCGUUUUUAUCUUUAUUACAUCUCACAAAUGAAAAUAAUUUGCAGAUUUCUUCACAAUCGGAUUUGUCCGACGUUGCCAUAGAGGACAGCUGAGAAGACUUGCUCGCACACGUGUGCCUUGUAUACAUACAUUAAAUAAACGUCAUGUUUAUUUAAUGUAAUGGCAAAUUUCGUGUUUAAUUAUAAUAAAUUGUAUGUUA